AACGUUCUGUGUGCGUUUAUACAUAUUUGUUUUGAUUACUUUUGAUAGUUUGAAUUUAAAAGCAGUGCUUGUGAACAGUGGGGAAUCAAUUUUAUGCUCCCGUUUCAGUGGCGUUUGUGCAAGUCAUUUGGUGUAGUUUGUGGUGUUCUAACCUCAACAGCAACGCUGCAGUGAGCGUCCGCCUCGCGCCCCAGCCUCUUUAGGCGGCCUUUAGGCGCCUUUAGGUCCAGGCCGGGCACACCACACACCUCCGCCCACCCCGACUAGCGGCUUAUUAUUCGACCGCGUGGAGUCGACGUUGCCAGGGAGACCUACGACGGAGGCACUUGUCCCUCGCUGGGUUCAGGAGGAGGUCCUCCAGCCCAGAUCGUGCUGCAUAGUGAGAAACAACACGUCUGCUGACCGCUGUGCUCGCACGUUGAAACCGUAUGUAAUGAAGAAAUUCCUAUCAAGCUGACAAUCGUUAUGAAAAUGAACUCUGAUCGCGCGCCUUUUAAGUGCACUGAGUGCAACAAGAAGUUUUUGAGUAGAGCUGGCCUCCAUACACAUUCCCGCAUGCACACAGGAGAGACUUUUGAAUGUACGGUCUGCAACAGGAAAUGUCUGACCAGUCAAAAGCUGGUCGCUCAUCUGCGGAUUCACACAGGUGAACGUCCGUUUCAGUGUGUUAUUUGCAACAAGAGUUUUCGUCGAGGCGGUUAUCUACGUAUACAUCUUCAAAUGCAUUCAGGAGAAAAAUCUUUCGAGUGUACUGCGUGCAACAAAAACUUUUCGACUAGUGAUCAACUUCGUGGACAUCUUAAAACGCAUACAGAAGAAAAGCCCUUUGCGUGUACUUUGUGCGACCGGAAAUUCUCUAGAGGUACGCAUCUACGUGGUCACCUGCGUACGCACACAGGAGAAAGACCUUUCGAGUGUACCGUGUGCAAGAAGACCUACCCGCGCAGUGAUUAUCUGCGUAGACAUAUGCGAAUGCACACCGGGGAAACCCCUUUUCAUUGUACUUUAUGCAACAAGAAAUUUUGGGACUGUUCUAGUCUACGAUACCACCUCCGAACUCACACACGAGAAAGCAGUCCUUUCAAGUGUACUGUGUGCUGCAAGGUGUGUCUCUCUACUUCGGAAUUGCGCGAGCAUCUUCGAAAGCACACAGGAGAAAAGCCCCACAAGUGCGCUGUGUGCGGCAGCACGUUUGCAGCACUGGCAAGUUGGCGUAAACAUCUGCAAAGACACUCAGAGGAAAAGCCCUAUGAGUGUCCUCUCUGCAACAAGAAAUUUGCUGCACGUAAGGAUAUGCAUAUUCAUUGCCAAACCCACACCAAAAAUAGGCCUUGAGCAGUGUGCAGGCGGUGAUCACUGUUAAUUAUUCGGUCCCUUGCAAGUGCAUGGCUAUGUAUUGUGAAAGUAAGAUGUGUGUUUAACAAUCGUUUUGACAUGCCCAAUUUAAAUAUUAGGUAACUUCCAAUCAUUCUACAUUCAGGUACUCUCCACACUAAUAAUGUAUGCAAUUUAAUAAAAUUUCAGAAAAAUUUGAA